CGGUGGCAUCCAUAAAUGAAGUUCGUAACAUGUGGCAACCCUGAGAUUGAAAGUCAGCUGUUCCACUAGAAACCGUACAGAAAUUAUUAUGAUCCCUGCCUUUUAAGUAGGGGAAUAUUUAUGUUCUUGACCUACACAGAUUUCGCUUUCGAUAGAUUUAAUGGAAUACAUGCAGUAUGUGGAACCAACACGCGCAGAAAUGUUGGAGCAGCUAAGAAAGCGUGAAUUGUAUGUGCCGAAUGUCGAAAGCUUACCAAUUGAUCAGCUGCAGCAAAUCUAUAACGGAUUCAUUGUGCCGCAUCCGCGCCGGGAGCGACGCGAGCGACAGCGCACGUUUACCGAAAUGGCACUAAAAUGCGCCAAUGAAAUUCCCAUGGACAUGGAACAGCUAACGAAACGCAUUAAAGUGGUCUGCAUGGCCGGUGAAAAGCGUCCCAUCCAGAUUGAGCCGCAGUCGUUGCUAACCAUCUCUCCAAAACGCAUCAAAAUCGACCUGCAUCGAUGAUCUUUCUGCGGAAUCAAGUCAUGGAUUGCCUAUGCAACCUGCAGUUAUGGUCAGUAAUAUUCUGCCGAAUUUUCUUACUGCUGGAGACAUAAGUUGCUCGCUAGGUUGACAACAGCCCCAAAAUAGCUGAUGAAUUUGGCCCCAGCGGAACAUCAAUUAAACCUAGUUGGUCCCGGACGUAGCUUAUUGCUGUCCAGUGUGCCAUCCAAAAGGAGUGAGAUGGCAUUACACACGGACACACAAUAAUGAGCGAGACAGAAUGAUAAUUUUAUAUGGCCACUUCCACGGAAAGGUUGACAAACGUUUAUAUCAGAUAUUUAAGAAACGCAUUUACAUCUCAUUUAUUUGAACAAUUAGCAUUUGAAAUACCUUUAAUAAUAUAGGUAUUUCCAAGCUAGUAAUUGUCUUCGUUUAUUACGAGAUGCUAUAUGAAGACAGUCAUUCCACAAAUCUUUUGUCCUCGGAUUCGGCAAAAAGAGACCCGUCAAAUAUAAUGAACUUUCGUUAUAAAUAAGAAUGAUGUGAUUACACGUAGUAAAGAGAAACAGUCGAGCGAAAAAUUGAAGAAAAUUCUCGAUGCUUGGAACAACAAAUAGCAGAAAUCAACAAUCUAGCAACUGAGAUAAAAUGAUAAAAAUCAACAGUAAUGUGAGCGUGGCUGAAUUCUGUUUCAUUCUUAAAAUUGUUGAUACCGAUAACAAUCAACAAUUCGGCAAAGUACUAUUUCUUCGUUUUAAAACGAGGGUUAAAUUGAAAAUAUAUGAAUCAGUUUUUAAUUGAAUCAUAAUGGAAAAUAAGUCACGCAACGAGUAAAAUGUAUAUUCAAUAAAACGAAACUGGCUGACUUAUAAGAGCGAUCAUUCGACCGGCCUGUUACUUACCUUUAAAGAUAUUUGUUAAAGUUCAUUUAAGACCAAUGAAUGUAUAAUCAAAAGUAUAAUUUGAUCCCAUGGGAUUGUCUUUACCGGAUAUCUAGACGACGUCCUUUAAUUUUACGAGUAAGUAUGUCGCUUACAAAGAGACUUGGAUGAAACAGAAGAAAACAAGUCUGAAUUUUUUUCGGUUACAAAUCUGAAUAAUAACGAUACCUUCGUUUAAUUAAAAGAUUUGCUUAUGUUUAAAUGUUUGCCUCUUAUUAUUUAUUAUGAGUAAAAGUUAAAAUAUAUAAUAUGAAUGACAAGUUUUUACAAAUGAACAAUAUUAACGAACUGGUUUUUGGGGAAACUAAUGUUAAGCUUGCGACUGAAAUAAGAAUGUUAUUAAUUAGGGAGUCGUAUGGUAUUCAUUACUUCGCCAUCGUCUGUUUUCGAGCUUGUUGUGUUGCAGUCUGUGCUGAGGCAAGUAACGUAUUGACUGUUUGGGCUGAGGGCAGUGAAAAGUUGAUUUAUAGGACUUGAUGCUUCCAAAAUGUAUAAUUAAUAUAAUUAAAAAUAUCUAUGUACACUCCACCCCAUUCAAGUCGCAUCAAACUACAAAACACGUUUUAAGGAAAAAAUAUAUCUCGUCUUCGACAAAGUAA